GCAACUAAUGGACAAUGCUGGAAAUACUGGUUAAAGCACAGUGCUGCUUGCUUGGCUGACUCCACAGCGAGCUUUGGAGAGGCUGGUGUCAGACCACAGUGCUUAAAAAGUGCCCCAAAACUCCCGGCCCUAAGAUACACAUGCACACACACACUCCUCCUAGAAUCUCCUCCAUCACAGUGCUGUAGAGUCCUGAGCAUGGGGAAACACCUUCCCACCACUGGACACACACUCUUACUCAGUCGACACACACACUCUUCUACUCUUUGAGCAUGUGGACGUACACACUCCUACUCACCCGAGCGUUUGAUGGUGAGAAGAGCCUUGACACCGUGAAGAGCAUACCGGUACUUCAGUUUCUCCUGAAAUCAGCCCUGGGCCUGGUAGAGAGGAGAGAGAGAGAGAGAGAGAGAUCGAGGAGAGAUCUCUCCAUCACCAGAUCUUCAGGAUGAAUAAAACGUGGACGAGUGAGGUGGCUUAGAGCACAAUGUCUUAACGCUGUGCCACCGUGUGUAUUGUGGAAGAGGUCGUAGAGCAGAUUCUGGCGAACCCUAACCCCUGACCCCUGUGGUGUGGGGGGUGAGUUCGGGGCAAUGCGCUGCCCCACCCUGCUGGCCCUGCUGGCGGGGGUCAUGCUGUACCUGGUGAUGGGGGCGUUGAUGUUCCGGUACUGGGAAAGCCCCAUGGAGAGCAAGGAGCAUGAGAAGCUGCUCUGCACCACACGUGACUUCCUCGGAAACCACUCAUGUGUCACUGCACAGAACCUCAGCGACCUCAUAAAGAGUGUGGUGAAGGCGGUGGAGGCAGGCCUGGACGUAAAACACAGCUCCACCAACUUCACUAGCAGGUGGGACCUGGCCAGCGCCUUCUUCUUCUGUGGUACCAUCAUCACCACCAUUGGGUUUGGUAACCUUUCUCCCAGGACCAAAUGGGGCCAGCUGUUCUGCGUGUGUUAUGCCCUGGUAGGGAUCCCUAUGUUUGGUUUCCUGCUGGCUGGUGUCGGGGACCACAUGGGGACGGGGCUGAGGAAGGCCGUGUGGAAGAUGGAGACGCUCUUCCUGAAGCGGCGGGUCAGUCCCACCUAUGUACGGAUCAUGUCUGCUGUUCUGUCCAUCCUGAUUGGCUGUCUGAUCUUCCUCGCUGUGCCAACGCUGGUGUUUAAGGAAGUGGAGGACUGGUCCUUUCUGGAGGCGCUCUACUUUGUGGUCAUCACCCUCACCACGGUUGGCUUUGGAGACUACGUAGCAGGUGCUAACCGGAGGGACGGAGAUCUGUUUAAGCCCCUGGUGUGGCUCUGGAUAGUGUUUGGCCUGGCUUACUUUGCCUCCAUACUCACCAUGAUCGGGAACUGGCUGCGGGUGCUGUCCAAGAAAACACGUGCUGAGAUGGAGGAGUUGAGGGCCCAUGCUACAGACUGGACCCAGAACAUCCAGAAUAUGUCCAUGGACUUCCGGAUCCCCAACCCUCUGGACCUCAACGACCCCUUCCUGCUGCAGCGGCGCCGCUGGAAACGCAGCACCCGGCGGCGGGUCCGCAGGGGGGCGCUGGGGCACCACGGCAGGCAGGGCGUCAUAGGGGAGAACGGACAUCUGCCCAAUAGGUGGGUCUCCCACACCCGCUCCAUGACCCGUCUGGAGGUUGUGAGGUUAGGGGGGGGCGAGGUUAGGAAUGAGGGGACGAGGUUAGGACCAGGGGCGGAUUCCAGAGUCAGUGCGAGGUCAGAGGGCAGGUCGUUGGGCCGGACGGUGGCGAGGUCGCUGUCGAUGCCUGCGGCGCGCUCUGUGAUGGAGUUAGAUUAUGUCCGUGAUCCUGUUGCUAUGAUGAUGCUGCAAGGGGAGUCUGCGUUUGAGUCUAAGUCACUGUCCGAGUCUCCAGAGUCUGACUCCAGAUCAGAAGUCUCCUCCUCUGACUCUCACACCUCUGACAUGUGUACACCAGGGCAGGGGAUAACUUUUGCCAGUUUUGACGCCAGUGGGUCUCUCUGUACUGGGGAGAGGGGAAGCCAGGGAGCAUCCAGACAGGUAUUUUUCCAGGAGGAUAUCCGGUUCCCUGUGCCUCUCCAGCAGCUCCCCAAGUCCCACAACCCCACCAAGCCCAUCCCCAUGUCGCCCAUAUUCUCUGUGAAACCCAUGCCGCUCCCCAUGCCCACCCCGACAGGCUGCAAAAUGCUAGAUUUCUUCGGGGAGAACUUGGCCUACAUUGACGAGUCGUCGGACACGUUGAGUGACAGGAACCAGCCCGUUGAGGGGGCUGUCAGUCCUCGCCCCCGUAAGCCCCGCAGGAGGAGCAUAAGGAGGCAGCUGCCCCACCGGAGCACCCUGAAGGAGAGGGACAGUGACAUGCAGCCCCCCUCCAACCCCCCGACACCUCCCCCUCUUUCCCAUCUCAGAGACUGACACAGUGACAUGCAGUCCCCCUCCAACCCCCCCACCCAACCCCCUCUCUCCCAUCUCAGAGACUGAUGAACAGUCUGACAGGCACAGGUCAUGAAGGGGGAGAGUAAGGCUGGUCUUUAAUACUAGUGUUCACAGGAGAAGCAGACCUCAAAGCUCAGAUGUACUUAUAUUAUGUACUGGGGAUAAAGGCCAACAAUAUACUAGAUCUCACUGACUGAGGACCAUAGUCGCCAUUGAGAUAUAUUUGUAUGAAAACGAAUGCAUGUAUUCAGCAGCACAGAUAUAGAAUAUAUCAACUGUCUAAGCUCAGUCAAGUAAGACUCACUGGGUUGAGAAAUAGCACCAUCUCCUGGCUGGUAAGUGUAGUACAACAUCUCCUCUGCGAAGGUGUAGCCUGCUGUGCUGUCCGCUACUGGAGCUCAGCCCAAACCUCAGCCAUGGUUUUUAAAUCACUGACUAAAGGACGUUUUUGAAUAACCAUGUUAGAUCUGGCUUCAGACAUCCAUUUCUCUGUAUAUCCCAGUGUCCUUCAGCAUGUGGGAUAUAUAGUGCUCUGGUUGAAUAAGGGCCGUUCCACAACAGGAAUCCCUUUUGGGAAGUGUCAUUUGGUGCAAAACAUUUUACUUUACAUAAUUUUAACCUUCUGUCAUAAAAAGCACAGAGUUCAACUUAAUAAAAAACAUGAUUUUCAAGAGGUUAAAUAAAAAAAUGACUUUAAGUGCCAAAUAAAGUAACAGGGUUGACCAUUUCAUCUUAAAUAACUGUAAAUCCUCACUGACUGGAUUAGGGAUGUAUGUUUUUGUGUGCAGCAGGCAGGGGCAAUUGAAUAGAAACUUCCCAAAAAGUUGUAUAGAUAUUUCCACACUAACAUGAUGAUAAUGCCCUUUUCGUGCAAGAGCUGUUUGAAAAUAAAUGUGACAUUUUUGCCUGUU